UAACUUAAGGACAUAAUCCAACAAUCUUCUUAAAUUGUAUGCGUAUCUUUUCACAUAUGUCAGCAUUUGAAGAUAAUUGUACUCUGUUAAGUGGUUAUCGUAUUAAACGUUUAUCACAUCAUCAAUAUUUAAAUUGUUACACAUUUGAACCGGUUAAUAUGAAUGCAGCAAAUGAGACAACAUUUUUAAGUUUAAUUGUUGCUUUCCUACCGGAUGUAUUUGAACAAGCUCGUGGACUACGUGUAGUAAUACAUGAAGCUGGUACAAUGCCUGAUUUAGAAAAAAAGUGGUAUUCAUGUGAACCAGAUUUAGAUGUAAAAUAUAAUUAUACGCAUACACAAUGUUUAUUAGUACAUCAACAAAUUGAAAUAAUGAACAAUUGUCAUUGUAUUUAUGUUAUGCAUCCACGUUUAGUUUUACCAAUCGUAAUAGGGGGUUUAUGUUCAUUGACAAUUGGAUUAACUGCAGCAUUUUUUGUGGAAUUAUUUGAAUUUGGUUAUUUAUUGUAUAGAAAUAAUGUUAAUCUACAUUUACAAACAGAAAAAUGUAUACAAUUACAAGAGAUACACAACAAACUGAAACAGAAAAAUUCAUGUUUAUCAUCACAUCAUAUGAAUACAUCCGUAGAACGUUAA